UCUGGUAGUAUCAGAGUGACAGUUGACACAGAAGCUUUAUUUUUCAUGUGAAAGUUUUAAUAGAAAAAAUGAAAGACUUAAAAAAUAUUUUUACCUUUUCGGUUCUACUUUUGGUUUCGUUUGGAAGAUAUACAACAGCAAAACAGGAAUAUUAUAGGAUUUUGGCAAUUAACGAAGGAGAUGCUCUCGAAAUAUCUUGCAUCAUUAAAGAUCCGAUCAAAUUUUUAUAUCCAAGUAGCUCAGACCUAGGUCACCCACAGCUAAUCACGUCAAACUUUACAAUUUCACGAGAGGAAUAUGAUUCCGGUGAUAUAAAACAUGUUUUUCGACGUUCAAAAGCAAUUCAUGGUGAUACUGGUUUUUACGGAUGUUUAAAUAUUAAAGACGUGAGGAAUCAGAAGUUUGUGAAACGCAGACCGUUCAACUUGACCUAUGUUUAUGUGCAGUCCAAAAAACAUGCAUUUGUUGAAGAACUAGCUCUCAGCAUUCAUUACGGUGCCGAGGGAUCAGAUCUACAUAUAAAUUGCAGACCAACUUCACCAGAUUUGCAUGUUGAACUUGAUCAUUAUUAUCGCGGCAAUCGUACAGUGCUGACGUCUGAUAAAAGUGUAACAUUUAAUCCAACGUAUGGAUUUGAAUUAAAAAAUGCUACGGCUUUAAGAAACGACGGUCUGUAUGUUUGCAAAACAAUUAACAAAGAAGGACGACCACAGGAACUCCAGCAUUUGUAUAAAAUUAACAAAAGAACAAAAAUCAACGAACCAAAAAUUGGAAAAGAAGAAGCCGAUCGUCAUAUUGUACGGGGACAGACCUUACGCCUGAAAUGUUACAUAAUGGUCACAAAUGUAACGAACUAUGGCGUAAAUUGGGAAUCACCAAUGAACAACCGAUCUAGUCAAGUAGUCAGUUCUCUGCAAAUGGACUCAAAUAAACUUCUGAUUCAAAGUCAAAUAACAAAAACAUAUGUAGACGAUUUUGACGAAGGGUAUUAUAGAUGUUUGUUCAUGAAUUAUGAUACGAAUAUAACAAAAUCUGACGAAACAUACAUAAAAAUUUAUGAUCCAAGUUUUAAAUACAUGAAUUUAACAUUUGAACGAACAGAUGAGACUUUUGUAAGAUAUCCAGGAGAUCAAAUACUUUGGUUUGUCGAAUUUGAUGCCUACCCAGAAGCUACAAUUAAAUGGCUUAAUUCUUCAGGAAAGGAUAUUGUGCAGUCAGAAAAAUUCAAACUGUUUAAUUUAGCACCAACCAUUGGUUUGCUGAUUAAAAAUAUCAGUUUUAAUGACGCAGGUGUGUAUUCUCUCGAAGCUUCCAACAAAGCUGUAAAGAAAAUAUUAAAAUUUAGGUUGGAAGUUAACAAAUUACAGUCCGCUUAAUGUAUACUGUAAUUUAAAAUCAUUUUCAAAAUAAAAUUUAACAAUAUU